CUGCUCCACACAGACCCCUGCGACUCCCCAGCCAGCGACCUCACAUCUGUCCCAGCACGGAGCUGAUUUGAAGAGCAGAACACAUGGCUGUGGUUAGUGGAACUUACCGUAUGGUGUCGGAGGAGGAGCAGGCUCUCCGGGCUAAGCUGGAACGUCUCACCGUCAAGGACCACGGGCAAGUGUUUGGACCCUGCGCCAGCCUGCCAGACCACACCAGGCAGAAGGCCAAGGACGAGCUGAACGAGACAGAUGAGAAGCGGGUGGCUGCGGUGAAGGAGCUGCGAGGAAUGAUCAAGGAGAAGGCAGAUGCAGGUGACGAUCUGGCCAAGGGGGUGCAGGACACCUUUGGGGAGAAACCGGACAGCUUGCUGGUCCGCUUCAUCCGCGCCAGGAAGUACGACGUGCCAAGAGCCUACGACCUCAUGAAGGGCUACGUGCGUUUCAGGAAGGAUUACCCUGAGCUGUUUGAGAAUCUGACCCCAGAGGCCGUACGCAGCACCAUCGAGGCCGGCUACCCCGGCAUCCUGCAGAGCAGAGACAAAUACGGCCGUGUGGUUCUGCUCUUCAACAUCGAGAACUGGGACUACGAGGAGAUCACCUUCGAUGAGAUCCUACGUGCCUACUGCGUGAUCCUGGAGAAGCUGCUGGAGAACGAAGAGACUCAGAUCAACGGGUUCUGCAUCAUCGAGAACUUCAAGGGCUUCACCAUGCAGCAGGCGUCAGGAAUCAAACCCACCGAGCUCAAAAAGAUGGUGGACAUGUUGCAGGAUUCAUUCCCUGCCCGUUUCAAAGCUGUGCACUUCAUCCACCAGCCCUGGUACUUCACCACCACCUACAACGUGGUCAAACCACUCAUGAAGAGCAAGCUGCUGGAGAGAGUGUUCGUCCACGGAGACGAGCUGGAAAACUACUACAAGGAGUUUGACGCUGACAUCCUGCCAGCCGAGUUUGACGGAAAAGGCGCCAAGUACGACGGCAAGGCUACAGCAGCCAAGCUGUUCGACUAAACAACCUCCAUCCCUUUGCCGAACAGACAAAGAGCCAUUAUAUAUAUCACAAACCCCACAGACUGUGGGGACUCAAAGCCCAAUCUAGCUGUGUGGUUUUAGAAAGAAAGGUAUAAAUGAAAGUCGUGAGUGUGUGAGAACCUCAAGUGAUGUUGUUUACCAGAGGUCCUGACAAAGCACAAUCAAACGGGAACGAGGCGGUCUCCAUUACAGUCAGCCUUCAUUCGUUACUGCCCUCUACAGUAUUCUGUAUUAAGCCACUGGAUUUAUCUCUUAAGUACCUUUUUACAGUUGCUAAUUUUUUAGCAUUGACGACCAAAGCCAGUUCUCUACUCAGAAUUUUAGACCACUAUUUGCAUAUAUUUUAUGAAAUUGCAGAUUGCUUUCCAAAGCAUAUUAAGAUUUUAAGAAUAAUCUUCUACCUUCCAAGCAACCAUUGAUCCAAUUUAAUACCUAUAUAGUUUGAAAAUCAAACUUCUUAGUCUUAAAAUGGUCUUUAAUAGGUCAUUCAUCCCCAUGACCAUUAACGUACCUUUAUUUUUUUUAGGUCAAAUGUAUUAUUUUCACACAGCACAAUAAAGCAGUUUUGUGCAGGAGGUGCUUUAAGGCUUACUUUUUGGUGUGUUCGGAGUUUACUGGGAAACAGCAAUCCUUUUAUUACACACACACACACACACAGAUUUUCUGUCUCUCUCCCCUGUUAAGUUGUGCUUUGUUUUGACCGUAGUUCAUUCACGCAGCUUGUUUUAACACUGGCAGGCCCCAGAUUUCUCAGUUUCCUCUCUCUGGUCCCCGUCUCUCUCGUCUCAGUACAAGGCUGAUAUUCCAACAAGUGCCUGUCUCUUGUGUUUUUUAGAUUGUUCUUCAAUAUGAAUAUUAUAAAGUUUUACCCAUUGUGCUACCUGGUGCACCAAU